UGGCAUGGCUCAAUGACAGCUCCGGCCCCAGUCCCAGGGCAAGGAGUCGUGGGCUCCACGAUCUGCUGGCUGGGCAGACUGUCAUCCAGCCCGUCAAGAUUCGUCAGGUUCGAGACAGACAGCUCUACGCACAAUGUAUGUACUUCGUACGCACGCCGGUCGUAUGCAAGUGCCUCCGCAGACGCAUAGAACAAUCCAUGUAUGCAUCCAACCAGAGGAGAGUUUUGGAUACACCGUCGAUCCACCGUCUCUCCACUUUUGUCUUUGACAGACCAGACUGGGCGGUAUUUUUUUCAGUGACCGCGGAUGCAGUCAAUGGCCGAUCAUCAUCGACAGUAUCAAUAACCCUAGCGACACCACAGGGCUGGAACAUGUCGCUUAGGCCUCUGCUAUGCAUAGAGACCUCUCCAGUCACUCUCCGCAAAACCUACGCACAAUGGCUGCAAGAAAAACCAGAAAAAGAAAUCGCGCGAGGCACCAAAUGUACCUUUUUGUUGCCUUUACCCAUCUAUCAACCUGACUUUGUGCCAGGACCACAUUGUGGCUGCUCUCUAUCAUUUGCUUAUUUGUCUCCUCCCUUGCUUGCUUUUCCUGCCCUCCCUUUCUGCACCACACACCCAUUGGACCCAGCUCCUGUCCUAGGGUCGGUCCGUGAAUCCGGAGCAGCAAUUAGACAUGACUGAGGAUCUUCACGGGCUCGGUACCAUUGGUCUAUUCGCAUCCUUCUAGUCAGACAGAGCCGUUACUGGGUCUCACCAAGCGCAAAACGUUUAUAUCCCCAUCUUUUCCCCCUUCCCCUGCGAGUGUCCCCCUCACAGUGACACGCGGAACAGUGCUCCUUUCGCUCAUUGGGGGGUCAGUCGGACCCCAGGUUUUAUAUGAGUAACGUUGCUGGUCUCUGUACACAGAGGCCCG